AUGAAAAAAGAAAAUCUAUUCAUUUUAUUCGCUGCUCUAUAUUUCAAAACUGCUCAAUCGCUCAAAUCAAGUCAACCGGUUUACACGGGAUUUCCAAAUUGUUUCGGUUCUCCUUCAAAAUCUGGAUAUACAAAAGACACAACUUUUGUUUUUGUUCUGGAUCGAGCAGCUGAUUGGGAAUCGGUGAGUUACCUUUUUAUCUCGAGCAGUACUGUAGAUGUUUUUGCGGGUAGGAUAAGGUGUUUUCGGAUUUUUAUUAUUGAUUUUACAGUACAUCCGAGUGUUGUACCUAUACAAACAGUUGUCAUGUAUGAUCCCAAUUGAUGACUCGAUAAAAUUAAUAUUCCUGCAAUAUACAACGAACGAAGUUUUCCUAGAAGCUCCUCAAAGAAGUGAUACAAUUUCUGGAACAAUUUAUGCAACUGGAUAUGAGCAAGAUUAUUAUAAUGAUGAUCAUUGUACACGAUUUAAUGAAGCAUUGACUAGCAAGUUAGAUGAACUUGUCAAUUUUUCACUUCGAAAACCAAUUCAAAAUGUUCAAUUUAUUGUUCCGAUUUAUUCGAAUGCAGUUGAUGUGAAUAGUUGUUCGAUGAAAAUAGUUUUUGAUGAAAGAAUCCAAGCUGGAAAUAAUGCAAGUUUAUUGAAUUUGCAUUUCAAUGGAAUUAAUAUAAAUGGUGAUGCAGAUGAAGAAACAAUGAAGAAAGAAGGGAUUUUUAUGAAUAUUCCGGAUGUUAAAGUUAUGAAUCCGCAAGAGAAAUAUAUGGUUGGACCACCUGAAACAGAGUAUACAAGAAAGUUGGCACCAAUUGUUGAUCAGUUGCAGAAAUUGUAAGAUUUUUUGUUUGAUUGAAAAAUGAGUUUGUGAAUUUUUCUUAAGAUCUUUAGAGUGAACCAAAAAAAGUUCCGCCAACAAAAUUUCUAUAAAUCAAAAAUGAAUUUCAGAACAUACAUAGUGUUUCAAAAAAUUUUUGAGUUUUGAAUUCUAUUUUUCGAGUGUCGCAAUUCGAAGAAUCUAAAAAUUCUCAAAAUUUCCAGCCUGGACAUCACGACUCGCAAUGAAGAAACAACAUCAACUUCUACUCCUUCAACAUCUACAUCAAGCUCAACCACAGUUUCAAGAACAACUACUUCAACAACUGUCACCAGCACAAUUGCCACCAUAAGAACUACAUCAAAUUCACCAGAAACCACAACACCAGUGAGUUUGUCUCAAAAAUUUUAUUGUAAUUUUUGUGCUCCAGAAAAAUGCCACAAUAUCGAAAGCUGCUCUAAAUAUGGACGAUGAAAGUGAUCAGCAAAGAAUUAUGGUAAUUGCAACAGUUUCCAUUAUUUUGCUUCUUUUAUUGAUUAUUCUUUUGUGUUUUUUGUGUUGGUGUUGUAUUUGGAGAUCGAACGAGAAAAACAAGCGGAAAAAUCGGAAGAGUGUUUCUGGAAGUGAUUCGAAAUCAAUAAGUCCACCGAAAAAGGAAAAUGCUCCGCCGAAGAUCGAGCCAAUAGUUGAUAAUGUUGCAGAGGUGCGUUAUUUUUUGAAGUUUUUUUUUACUGUUUCAAAUUUUCCUGAAAUUUCAAUAAAUAUUUUUUUUCAGCUCGAUCAACUUGCCCCAGCUCCAACUCCUCCAAUUCCAGCUCCUCAACUUGUCUCAUAUCCUUUUGUUACUCCACAAAUUGAAAAUCAAGCAAAACCAGAAGAUCCACUUAUACCACCAAAAUUUGCAGCCAAGAAAAAAUUGCCAAGUAAUGAAAAUCUGGACUUAUCGGAACAUUUGAUGGAUGAUGUUGAACAAAAUGGUGCAAAAUUGCCACGUGGAUAUAAAGGAACAAAAGCACCGACUGCAUUUAGAAUUGAUUGA